GCGCGCACCGCUCUUCGAGGUUUGGUCGGGUGUCAGAUUCUAGCGUAGAGCAGCGGGAAGGAAGCCGGUCCCUGGCGGAUUAUUCCAGAGAGCGAGUGGAUACCAGCCCACCCGACUGGCGGUGACGUUUCUUUGUUUUCAUAUAACUCGCAAGGAGGGAGUGCGAAGAUGGCAGCCCAGUCCUUGCUGCUGAAAGCGAGAACCCUCGCCGCCUCCCGGGUCUCCGCCAAUCUCGCUCGCCGCCGCGUCUCCGCCCUCCGGCCGCCCGUCCGUUCGAUGGCCUCCGCCGGCGCCCCUUCCGACGCCUUUCAGAAGAUCCAGAUCCACCGCGAUGACACCAUAUUUGAUGCGUAUGUAGUUGGCAAAGAAAAUGCGCCGGGAAUGGUGGUGGUGCAGGAGUGGUGGGGAGUAGAUUUUGAGGUCAAGAACCACGCUUUGCACAUUGCUCAAAUGGAUUCAGGUUUUAGAGCUUUAAUUCCAGAUCUGUAUCGUGGAAAGGUUGGUUUGGACGCUGCCGAGGCACAGCACCUGAUGGAAGGUCUGGACUGGCAGGGUGCUGUUAAGGACAUACGUGCUUCAGUUAAUUGGCUUAAGGCACAUGGUUCAUCAAAGGUUGGUGUAACUGGAUUUUGUAUGGGGGGUGCUUUAUCCAUUGCAAGUGCAGUUCUGGUCCCUGAAGUUGAUGCUGUUGUUGCCUUCUAUGGAGUUCCUUCAUCAGAACUUGCUGAUCCAUCUCAGGCAAAGGCUCCUGUGCAGGCUCACUUUGGGGAGCUUGAUAACUAUGUUGGAUUUUCUGACAUCAGUGCAGCAAAAUCCUUAGAGAAAAAGCUGAAGUCCUCUGGAGUUCCAUAUGAGGUUCAUACCUAUCCUGGAUGUGCUCAUGCCUUUAUGAACACAUCGCCUGAUGGCAUCAAGAGGAGGAAGGGAAUGGGAAUGGACGAUGAGAACCCUGCAGCUGUAGAUUUGGCUUGGUCUCGCUUCCGUGCUUGGAUGGGUGCUUACUUGCUGUCUCCUUGAGUCUUUCUUCCAGGACUUGUUGACCCAGUCAAAAGUCAAAGCUGCUUAAUAAUUUUGACAUUGUGACUCAGUGUUGUUUGUGGUAUCCUUGUGGCUGCUCUGUGAAUUCCACGUCGUGAACUUGGUCAUGCAUCAAGUAUCUGUCUGAAGUAUGACCCUUGUAAUUAUGUGAAUGCCCCUAUGUGAAUGUACUGCAGAUAAAUACUUAAUUUGCAAGUUUUGGAGUGUGAUGUUGCAAUGAAAAUGAUCCAGGUGUUUGUCAUA